GUACCCAGGUGGUUCAGUCGUGUAUGUACGAGGAAUCGCCCUUUUUUUCUGUGUAAUUGAACGGUUCUGAUUCGAAAUUAAAAUGCCUGCCAACGGUCAAGGUAAUGUCGCUACUGAUGAAGUGGAGGUUUAUAGUGACACUUUGGGUUCAUCUUCGGAUGAAGAAACAGCCUAUUUGAAACAGUCCUUAAAUAGAACCUUCACUGCUUGUUUCGCCUCCAACGAAAAACAAUCAACAUUCGAAAGUUUACCAUCUCGCAGAGAUCACGAAACAUUCUUCCGAGAGUGCAUCGAAAUUCUACUAAAAGAAGCUGUAUUCGAAGGCACCUCCCGAAGAAACAAAGUACUCAACUUCCAACAGCCGGAAAAACUAAUGGAAAUUUUCGAUUUCAAACUACAAAACGAUCCUAGCACGCAUAGCGAGCUGGUCAAAAAGCUGAAAGACAUUAUCAAAUACUCUGUUAAAACUGGUCAUCCGUAUUUCGUCAAUCAGCUUUUCUCGAGCGUUGAUCCCUAUGGAUUUGUGGGACAACUUUUAACCGAUGCCCUUAAUCCUAGUGCGUACACUUACGAAGUGGCUCCGCUGAUAAUUUUAAUGGAAGAAACUGUAUUGAAGGAAAUGAGAGAAAUUGUUGGAUGGACUAGUGGUGAAGGCGACGGCAUUUUUUGUCCUGGAGGAUCUAUAGCUAACGGAUACGCUAUCAGUUGUGCCAGGCAUUAUUAUUUUCCAGAUGUGAAAGCUAAAGGUUUGCGCAGUUUACCAAAUCUGAUUUUGUUCACGUCAGAAGAUGCUCAUUAUUCCAUUAAAAAGCUGGCAUCGUUUCUUGGUUUGGGUACCGAAAACGUCUAUUUGGUCAACACAGAAGCUAAUGGUAAAAUGGACGCGGGUCAUUUGGAGGAACUUAUUGGAGCAGCUAUCAAAAAUGAUGGCAAACCGUUCCUGGUGAGUGCUACCGCCGGUACCACCGUAAUCGGUGCAUUCGAUCCUAUUGACAAAAUAGCAGAUAUUUGUCAGAAACACAAACUGUGGUUACAUGUGGAUGCUGCUUGGGGAGGUGGUGCACUCAUGUCCAAAAAGCAUAGGACACUAUUGAAAGGAAUCGAAAGGGCAGAUUCAGUUACAUGGAACCCGCACAAACUCCUAACAGCACCACAACAAUGUUCCACUUUCCUGGUAAGACACAAAAACCUCCUGGCUGACGCUCACAGUGCAAAUGCCUCUUACCUUUUCCAAAAGGAUAAAUUCUACGAUACCCAAUACGAUACAGGUGACAAGCAUAUUCAAUGCGGUCGCAAGGCCGAUGUACUCAAGUUCUGGUUCAUGUGGAAAGCCAAAGGCACCAAGGGUCUUGAAUCUCACGUUGACAAAGUCUUCGAAACAGCUCGAUAUUUUUACGAAACCAUUAAAACCCGUCCUGGUUUUGAAAUUGUCGUGCCAGAACCUGAAUGUACCAACAUUUGUUUUUGGUACCUGCCAGAGAGUAUAAGGACUAGCUCAUCAGAAGAGUUUUGUCAAAAGUUGACCAGCGAUAAAGAGUUUAGAGAAAAGUUGCAUUUGGUUGCCCCAAAAAUUAAAGAAAAAAUGAUGAAGGAGGGUACCAUGAUGGUUACUUAUCAAACGCACAAAGACAAACCGAAUUUUUUCAGAAUAGUAUUUCAAAACUCUGGUUUGGAUAAAAAUGACAUGUUGCAUUUGGUACAAGAGUUUGAACGAUUAGGGCAAGAUUUAUAAAUUCGAUUUAUAGGGUACUGGACAAUGAAGAAUUUGUUUGUAUGUACAUAGUGUAAUAUUUUUUAAAUUAUUUGUGUGUGUGUGUGUGUGUUUUUCUUUUUUUGAAGAAAAGUGAUAGUUGUGAUAUACUUAUGAAAUCUUUAGCAAUAAGGCUAGAAUAGUGCCUAAUAAAGAAAAAAACUGAUUGCACGU